AUGAGAUUUGUGCGGCCUAACAUCAUUGCGGAACGCAUAUCAGGUUCUUUAAAAGCUCCUAUCAAUGGAUUUCGAUACUCUUCUUUGCGUGGCAACAGAAUUGAUGUCCUAUACAACAACAUCAAACUUGCGUUCUUCCAACCAUGUGAUAACGAGAUGAUCAUUUUGUUGCACUUCAAUUUGAAGCUUCCGGUGCUUUGGGGUAAAAAAGAAAUACAAAGCCAUUUCUUCAACGUCGUAAGGUCAAAAGACCAGGUCUGCGAAGACUGCAAAACGAUGAGCCUCCAAUGA